AUGGCUUCCUACCUGACCGGCAGCGAGGCCUUUGCUCGCGAGAAGCUCCCGUCGGAUUCUGUCCCUGCAGCUCUGCCAACAAAAUGGGCCGACAAGUACCGCGGGGCGACUGUCGAAGAUCUCGAUCCCCCUCCAGCCCUGUCCGUUUCGCCCGAUGAUCCAGUCUCCGCUGCCCUCAUGGCAGCAUACGAGCGCGACUACUCUCAUCUCACGGUCAUCUCAGCGACCAAGCGAUCUCUCCUCGGCUACCUGAACAUCCCUCGGCUCAAGGACCUCCUGCACAGCGGCGCCGUGCAAGAGACCGCCCCGGUAUCUUCUGCGAUGCAGCGCUUCAACCGGAAACGGGGUAUCUACCACGUGAUCACGAUGGAGACGCCCUUGGAGGAGCUUGAGGAAUUCUUCGAGAGCGAGACCGGCCCCAACGGCGACCAGCGAGACAAGCAGCAGUUUGCGGUCGUAACCGAUGUGGCGCGCAAGUUUGUUCUGGGCGUUGCGACCAAGGCGGACCUGGAGGAGUUUGUCAAGCGGAGACCCGCGUGA